GAGAACUGCCGCCAACAUGAAUCUGCACGAGCCGGUUGAUCCGAACAAGCCCUUCGAUGAGCUAACACCGGAAGAAAAAAUGAGGCUGGAGCACAUUAAAAUGUACGAAAAACACAAGGGCCAUGAAUCGAUGCACAUGGAAAUGGUCGUGAUACUGCUGGUCACACUCAUAAUCGCCCAGGUAGUGCUGGUUGAAUGGAAGAAACGCCACUACAGAUCCUAUUCGCUAAUGACCCUCCUCGCCCUCUGGGUGAUUCCGUUCGUGCUUAGUCUUCGCAGCCAGUACUGGCGGUUUAUCUUCUUCUGGCUAAUAUUUAGCUGCAUCACCGGGCUGGUAAUGCGGAAAGCGGUCCGCAAACCCAUUGCCGGCACGACACCCCGGCUCGUCUACAAAUGGUUUUACUUCAUCUACAAGCUAAGCUAUCUGCUCGGCAUCAUCGGGUACAUUGUGAUGAUGUUUACGUUUUUCGGCGUAAAUUUCAUCUUUAAUCAACCUCCGCACACGUGGAUGGACGUGGGACUGUUGCUGGUGUUUUACGGACUGUACUAUGGUGUGCUGGGCAGGGAUAUCUCGGAAAUCUGUGCCGAUAAGAUGGCUUGCCAUAUUGGGUAUUACACACCGAAAGGUAUACCGACGAGACAUCUGGAGCGAAAUGUGUGUGCCGUGUGUGGCAAUCAGCUGCUAACGGACGUGAACGAGUCGGGUGUGAUCGAGAACACGUACAAGCUGACCUGUGAUCAUGUUUUUCAUGAGUUCUGCAUCCGGGGGUGGUGUAUCGUGGGGAAGAAGCAAACUUGCCCGUACUGCAAGGAAAAGGUUGACCUCAAGAAGAUGUUUUGCAAUCCGUGGGAACGCCCUCACGUACUGUACGGGCAGCUGCUGGACUGGAUCCGGUGGCUUGUCGCCUGGCAGCCGCUAAUACUGUUCAUUGUGCAAGGCAUCAACUGGUCGCUCGGGUUGGAGUAAAGCUAGGCCGUUUUUAUUUAUUACAUCUCCUAUCGGACGAUUCCACUA